AUGUGGAAUAACAGGCCACGCGCAAAAGCAAUGAAUAUUGGACGACCAAUGCGAUCGAGCUCCUUCAGAAGUCAGGAAAACAGAGCCAAUAUCAUCGAGGAUAAAAAUGUGGCUCAGAAAUCGGCCGACAAGCUUAUCUAUCCGGUGAAACAAACACGCGGAUUGGGACUUGGAGGGCAUCAGAAGAAUGAGGAGAGGAAGACGAGCGCAACCGUUGACCAGUCGAUGAAUUCAGGUUCAGCUGCCGAACUACUCCAAUACAAUGAGAAAGCAUUUCACCACGUGUAUCAUCCAGAGAUCAAUGGACCCGAACGCGAGCUGUCUUGUGUCGACUACUCAGAUGACGUUUUCACCUACUUGCAGGCAAUCGAGAAGAAGUUCUCAAUCAACGAGGGAUACCUAAAUGGAAAGUCUACGACAGGAAAGAUGCGAGCCAUAUUGGUUGAUUGGAUUGUUCAGGUUCAUCACCGACUGAGUCUUCUUCCGGAAACACUAUCACUCGCCAUUUACGUGCUCGAUGCUUACCUCACUGCCAAAGAUGUUCCCAAGACGAGCCUCCAAUUGACGGCUUUGACUUCGGUCUUCAUAGCAGCUAAAUACGAGGAGAUGUAUACUCCGGAUAUUAGAGAAUUCGAAGUCAUUGGUGAUGGACAAUUCUCAAAGCGUGAUAUCUUAAGUCUGGAGCCAAGAAUGCUGAUGGUGCUCGAAUGCUGUCUUUAUCGCCCUGCACAUAUCACUUUCUUGCGAUUCCACUCUUCACGAUUUUGCCUUCCCGAAGAGGUGCACAAGCGAGCACAGUUCUUCAUUGAGAUUUGCAUGCAGUAUUAUCAGCUUUGCCAUCUUGCCCCAUCACACAUGGUGUUGAUUGCAAUCUCUCUUGCAACUGCAAUGGACGGUUACGAGGUCGACAUGGACGAGUUGCUCAAGCACAGUGACCUCAAGAAAACACAAAUGGAGAACUGGCGUGCUCAUCUCGCUUAUGCUAUCAGCGCAAACCACGAGCAUACUCGACUCAAGGGCAUUUCAACGAAGUAUGCAUCAAGCCGUUACUUGCGUAGUUCGGAUCUGUCAAUUGAGAAACGUCAAUGGUUGGAGAAGCAAUUCGAGCGCGCU